AUGGAGCAUUCGUUAUUGCAACAAAGUUCGUUAACAGAGAAGAAACUCGAAAUAAUUGUAAAUACCAUUGAAAAUAUAAUUAGAAAGGACGACAUACAGGUGACAUUCAAAGUGGAGCAUAAUGGAAUUAUUUUGGGUGAAAGUACUCCUAUAUUCGUGGAAGCAAAUUGCGAGGAGAAAUUAUCAGUUCACGACGUCGAUUUCGUAGUCUACUUGCCAGUUAUUAUAAACGACCGAGAAAGUCUUGAUUCAAUUGUAUCGACUCCAAUUUUAAUAAAGGUUGAGUAUGUCGCAGAAAACGAAGAGGAAGAACGUUCUACCGUCUCUAUCACCGAAGUUAAAAAACGAUCGAUAUUCACUACCAAGUCUGCGUCUACACUUACGCCGAGAUUAUUGGGAAUCUGUAAUCUCGAUUUAAUGCCGAUAGUAUUAGGCGAACGAUAUUUCACUGAGAAACUGAUACUAGAAACGCCACAGUUUUCUUACGACGGUACGCUAACACCGUGGCAGAAUCUCCCCCUUUUGACGGUAAAUGUUUUACAAGAUGGUAUACCGUUGAUUCGAACGAGCGAAAACGUGAAUUUUCUUAACAUCACGGUGGAGAGUAUUUACAAUCUGCCAGAAUCGUUCACGGAAAAUUUGGAAUACAAAGCUGGCACUAUAGCGUACAUAGAUGCCGAGGUCCCUGAAAAUGUAAUUUUCGAGCAUGGGAAAUGGAUGAAAUUCCGUGACGUCGAAAGGACCAAGCGUUGGAAUACAUUGAACAAUCUUGAAAAUAGAUCCAGACUGUCCAAGUAUAAACUGGACUGUGAUUUUAUGGGAGUGAAGAAUAUGUUUAAGAAGCAGAUCAAUUUGGCGGAAAUGGUGUGCAAUGACGCGCCACGAAUCGAAUGGAACGCCGUACAUCGAUGUAUUUUAUGGAAAACGGGAAUCGAAGCGAUGCAAAAUCAUAUUAUGAGGUACAAAUAUUGGCCGUUCCAAUUCAUAAUGAACGAGAAGAACUCUUCGGCAAAGUCUAAGGUCAGCUCGUUACCGAAGUCACAACUAUACCAGUGCUACGUCGAUGUUUCGGAGCUUCUUUUCCCAGGAAAGGGAAGUUCCCGGAUCGUAGGCCAAUUGUAUACUUAUAAUGUCACGGAUAUAUCCGAAAAAGUUGGUCUCGAGAAUAAUAUCUUUGUUCCGGAAACGCGGAUCAGAGAGACAAAGGACAAAGAAAAGAAACAUAAAACGUCAAAAGUAAAAAUGACGACGGUGUACUUAAUUGUUUGUAACGAAAUCAUUGAAUUCUAGAAUUCACAGUCGGAACAAUCCGAAGCGGAAGUUCCCUCGAGCACACCGUUGAUGUCAGAAACUGGAGAACCUACCAUUAUUGUAAUCGAAAUCGAAGUCUAUCGGCCUCUCGUUUCUUGUAGAAUCAUGCAAGACUUCUCGAAUUUGAUGAAACUUUUGAUUCCGAGAAUAGAAAAAAAAACGCCCUACGUGUACACCGGUGACGUGGCAGAACAACAGUACACGUGUUGCGUUCAAAAAUUGGCCGAGGUUAUCACGGAAAGUUAUCGAGACGAGUUAACGUGCUUUAUGCAAUAUCUUUAUAAAACUGGGAUAUAUAUAUCUAUACGUAACACAUUGAAAGCGAAAGUCACUAUGCUGCUAGAUCAAAGGUUCCGGAUGCCUUUGAACCUAAUCGAUUCCAACAAAACUCAAAAUUUCAUCGCAUCUGUGUACACGUACUUGGUCGAACAGAUGCACAUAGCUAUCAAUAAAAUCGUCGAAGGCCGACACGUUCAGGAUCUGCCACACGUCGUGAAUGCGAAACUGUUGUAUUUUUACGCCGAAGAGGCUUACGAGCUUGAAGACUUGGAUAAAGCGAAACGUUAUUACACGACAGUAAUAACGACGUAUAAGACUGACCCAGAACCUUGGACGAAGUAUGCGAUUUUUCUUAAAAAGAUCGGUGACACCGAACGCGCGAAACAAUGCUGCUUAGAAGCGCUCGCAUUAAAUAGGCAAUAUGUGUUCGCAUUACUAUUUUACGCGAUGAUCCUGUUCGAAGAACAAGAAUACAAACAGGCAGAAAUAUUCUUCAGAGCCAUCACAGAUUUUUACCCAAGAUUUUUUGAGGGCUGGGCCACUUUGCAUCUUUUCUAUUUGCGAACAGAAUAUUAUCCAGGAGUAGAUCUUACGCUUCGUGUAGCAGAGAAAUGUAUAAGAGACAAGAAUCAAGUAAUAAAACUUACCGAAGAACCGCUCGCUUGGUUCACGUUUCAUUGUCCCGAGAAUAAUGUCUACAUGAUGACGACAAAAUUUCUAUUGAAGUUGAAUCUCUGCGAAUUUGCAGGAAUUGCAUUGGCAGAGGAAAUGUCUAAUUCUAAUAGAUCUACUCAUUUCCUGUACUACAUGGCGGUGGAGCAUUAUUUGUCUGGUAGAUUCGAAGACGCGCUUUCUCAUUUAGAAGAAAUUAAAUGCACGUACGGAAUGGAUUAUUCAAUCGGUAGUCUAAUGGGUCACUGCUACUUAAAAUUGGGUAACAAGGAACAAGCUAUAGAAUGCUAUGAAUUUACACGCAUGUUGUUUGAUAGACCUAACAAUUUGCAUUUAGUGGAAGUGAGACUGGGGUAUCAUUGUUUCGAAGCUGGUGACUAUGAACGCGCGAAAAAAAUUUUUCUGAGCGCAUGCAAGUUCUCACCAACUUCGCAAACAUGGUUAGGUGCUGGCAUAAGCUGCUACGAACUGAAUGAGUUUCAAGAGGCAGAAACAGCACUGUCGGAAGCGAAUCGAAUCGAUAAUCGCAAUCCAGAUAUAUGGGGGUAUUUGUGUUUGUUAAACAUGACUCUUAGAAGAUACGACGAGUUUUGUCAGUGUUAUAGGGAAAUGAUAAAAAAUAAUCUUAAAAAUAGAAAACUGUGGCUGAGAAUAACAAACUCGAUGGAGGCUUUGGAUUAUGCACCACCAAUUUUGGUAACAGAAUCUGACGAUCUUAUCGAGGAUUAUAGCGAAGAGAUGUUUGAGGAACAGUUUUAAAACGGUAAUGGCACCCCCAAAAAAAAAAAAAAAAAAAAAAGAAAUA